CAAAACCAAAACCAAAAACCGUAACACUCCACCUCCACCUCCUCCUCUUCUUCCUCGCCCCUUCUCUACAUACAGAAAGAAAAAGAAACAGAAACAGAAACUUCAUCGUCUCUCUCUUUCUUCCCCCAAUUCUCUCAACCCAAACCCCAAUGGCCAAGAAGCGCAAGUCCGACGCCUCCCGGCUCGACGAGGUAGAUCGCUCCAUCUACACCUCUUUCUGCAGCACCGCCAACUCCCUCUCCCAGCUCUACACCCAGUCCAUGAACCAACAAAAGCUCUCCUUUCAAGCCGGCGAGCGUCACGGCCUGGAGAAACUUUAUAACUGGAUUGUGAGACAGCAAGAAGAUGGACCAAGAGUGAAUACAGUUGAUAUAGUCACAUACCUACAGAAUGAGCUUGACUAUGGGAUAGAAGAUGCACCUAUGUCCCCCAGGCUGCCAUUCCAGCACCAACUUCCUCAAACAGCAAUGCAUUCGACAAACACUGGCUUCUCAGUUUCUUCUAGCUCAUUUGGUCAAUUAACUGCUGGACAGGGGCUUCGGGGGCAUUCAGAUCAUCAACCCAAGAACUCUGUUUUCUCUAAUGCUCUUUCAAGUCCAGUGCGUCGCGGCCUUCAGCAGUAUCACAUGCCACCAACUGGUUUCAGUUCAAGCAACAUUAUGCCAUCUGGAAACGUAGUUCAAAGUCAUGAAAGUAUUUACCCUCCUCAUCAAGUGACCAGUGUCCCCGGCUCUACUGAUUCCAUGGACAUUCAUACGGACAGCCCUGGACGGGAAACUUCUUACUGAAGUCUUUGCCGGCCUCACCUCCUAAAGUUAAAAAGACACCGAAAGACAGCGUCUCCCUACAAAAUAUGUAUGCUGGGGCCAUGCUUCUUGUUCAGCCAUGGAAGAUGAAAGUGUGAGGAGCAAUGAAUAAUUCUUUCUCCUUUUACUCAUCAAUUCGCAAGCAAUGUUAGGGUUCUCAUUGAAGACAUGAUAUAUUAGGGGGCAUGUUUUUGUUUUCUUGGGCUUAUAGUUGUUAGCCUUUAGUUUGCCAUGACUUCUGGGUGUGUCCUGGUUCUGGUUCUGGUUCUGGUUAUCCUACCAUAAGCUCUUCUCUAUUGCUUACAUAUUUCUUGGUUCUCUUUGGUGAUAGUUCAUAUAUUUAUGUAUAUAUUCAUGCAUAUAUUUAAGGACCUUACUCCCCCUUCUUGAAA